AUGUCAGCAAGCCAGGCAGAGUCAGUCAGUCAGUCAUUUUUACUUUUUUUCCUCUGUCCAAUCUCUGACGGUCUUCGCUCUUGCUCCACUUUAGGCAGCUCCGGCAGUUGUGCCUUUCACACGGUCGACGGUGUGUCGGCGGAAAGCGAAGGUGUCCGCUUCAUUCGACUGCGCGAAGAUGCCCAAGUGGGCAAGGAGAUACUCCGCGUGCAGGCCUAUCCGCGCGCCACGGCAGCGCUCAAGGGCGCCGAUGCCAGCGGCGAUCACAAGUACUUCAAUCUGACGGAGCACAAUGCCACCACGCUGGUGGUUAGUCUGGCCCGUUCGCUGGAGCGACUCGUGGAUCGGGAUGUGCCGCGGAAUCUGCUCAAGUUUCGCAUACUCUGCGCCGGCAAGCAGGACAAGCUGGAGGAGGGCAGCUACCUGUCCAUCACGGUGUACAUCGAGGAUGUGAAUGACAAUGCCCCGGAGUUCCUCAAUGUGCCCUACGUCGUGGAUGUCGAUGAGAACACGUCCGUGGAGAGCAUCGUGUUUGAGGGUGUGCAAGCGUUCGAUCGCGAUAAGCCGAAUACCCCCAACUCGGAGGUGCACUUCAGCAUGUCCACCGUGCCGGAGCAGCUGUCCGGCGAUGGCAGUCCGUACUUUGCGCUCAAGAGUCCCCACCGACCGCUGCUCAUCCUCAAGCGAGAGCUGGAUUUUGACAGCGGCAUUCGGCAGUUUAAGCUGCCAAUUUUCGCCUGGGAUCGUGGCACACCCGCCAACCAGGCCAACACCACCAUCACGAUCAAUGUGCGCGACGUGGACGACCUGCCGCCCAAGUUCACCGAGGGCGUCUAUCGCACAAGGAUCAACGAGUUCCACCCGAUGACGGGUGUGCCCGUGCGCAUUCCCCUGUACUUUGCCCCACCCAUCAUGGCCUUCGACCAGGACUCGCUGAAUGCGACGCUCGUCUAUGAGAUCAUAUCGGGCAAUGAGCGGCAGCUGUUCCGCGUCAAUCCCCACAACGGGGUGAUGUAUCUGCAGAAGGAGAUCGAUCUGGAGGAGGAGAGUUUGCCGGGCAACACCUUCGUGCUGCAGCUGGAGGCGCGGCAGAAGGAUAAUCCUCUGAAGAAGGCUCUGGCGCGCAUCGAAGUGGAAGUCCUCGAUCUGAACGACAAUGUGCCCGAGUUUGAGGCCGAUUUCUACAACAUUUCCAUUGUGGAGAACCUGCCCACGGGCUUCAGUGUGCUGCAGGUGAAUGCCAUCGAUCGGGAUCAGGGCGAGAACUCGGAGUUUCUGUACAAUCUCGUGGAGACCAAGGAGGCCACGGGCGCCUUUCGCAUUGACUCACGCACGGGCUGGAUCACGGUCCGGGAUGAUCGACUGCUCGAUCGUGAGCAGCGCCGAUCGAUUCAGCUGAAUGUGGAGGCUCUGGAGCGCAAUCCCUCGUACCUGGAUGACAAGCACCUCAAGAAGCCGGGCCCGAGUCGCGUGCAGGUGGAGAUUACGCUGCUGGACACGAACGACAACACGCCCAAGUUCGAGCACGGAAAUUUGUACGAGUUCAAGGUGCCCAUAACAGCGCCCACGGGUUAUGUCAUCGGCCAGGUGGCAGCCAACGAUCCGGACGAUGGACCCAACGGGCAGCUGCUGUACGAGCUGCAGCGUCCCAAGGGCAGCGGCUACAUCCCUUUCCGGCUGGACAACAAGAACGGAACCAUCUUCGUGGGUGGACCACUCCGACGCGGAAGGAUUGCCGUGUUCGUGGAGGCCAGUGAUCAGCCCACCAAUCCCUCGGAGCGACGCUUCUCGCUGGCCGUCAUCACCAUUGAAGUUUAUGCCACGAUCGAUGAUCAGGCCAUAGAUUUUGUGGGCGCUCCGUACGAGUUCUGGGUGGGCGCCAGCACACCGCUGGGCACCUCGGUGGGGCAGGUGCGCACUUCGCUGAUCUACGAGGGCGAGGAUGAGAUUAUGUACGAUCUGCUGCACACCUACUCGGAGGGUGUGCCCUUUGCCAUCGAGGAGCGUUCGGGCAUCAUCACUGUCAUAAGAGAGUUGUCCGAGUUUAGCAGAAAAGUUUACAACUUCGAAGCGGUGGCGAAUUAUCUCUUUGCCAACUCCACGCAGUCCUUGGUCAUGUCACGCAGCUCCUCGGGGCUGACCACAGCAGCGGCACCCACCGCAGCGGAGCUCAGCGAUGAGGGCGUGCUCAUCACCAAUCUGACGAUACACAUUGUACACAAACCCGAGCAGAAGGUGCCGCUGCGACCUGUCAUAGAAGAGAUCAACAUGAACAUCAUCAAUUUCCACGUGGAGGAGAAUGUUGUGGGCGGCAUCAUUGGCCAGCUGCUGUACAAGAAUGGCAUAAAUCUGGUGAACAACGAGCUGGGCAGCUACCGCGAGCUGCCCUCGGAUGUGGGCAACCUGACCAUGGGCAGCCGCUUCCGCAGUCGCAAUCGCAGCCGCAGUCGCAGCUCGAAGACCAAGCGGCGGCUGCCGCGUCGCCUCGUGGGUGACUCCAAUGUGAAGCUGCGCUACAUCAUUGCCAACCAGCAGGAGGUGGUGAACAAGAUCUCCAUCACGGAGGAUGGCACGCUGCUCACGCUGAUUGGACUCGAUCGAGAGCAACAACCCAGCUACGAGCUGACGGUGAUUGUGGAGUACAGCACGGGUCUGGUGAGCGGCGCCGGCAUCUACCAGGUGAACAUCAAGGUGGACGAUGUCAACGACAAUGCGCCCAAGUUCAAUGCCUUGACCUAUGUGGGUCUGAUCAACGAGAAUUGUGCCGCGGGCACGGAGCUGUCCAUGAACCAUGCCAUACACAUACAGGACGCUGACGAGGGCGCCAAUGCGGAGUUCCGUGUGCAGCUGCAGGGCGAGUACAGCGAGGAGUUCAGCAUUGAGUACGUGAACGGCAGCGCGGGGAACAGCAGCCAGCACAAGCUGCCACCCACCACGGGCGCAUUUAAUAUCUUCAACCUCACGGACCAGUGGAACGAUGAGUUCAAGUACCAGGAGCUGCACACCACCUUCAUGCAGUCCAACUUCAAGCUGAGCUCCGGCCCCUACUUCCGCAUCAGCUACACGGGCAAGCGCGGCCUGGACCGGGAGAAGCAGCAGCUGUACAACCUGAAGCUGAUUGCCGCGGACAGCGGCGGGUUGUCGGGCUAUGCCCAUCUGACUGUACUCGUGGCGGAUGUCAACGACAAUGCGCCCAUCUUUGAGCGCAUUUCGGUGUUCAAGGACUCGCGCCUGGAGAUACGCGAGUACACGACGGACAUGGAGAUUUACUUUGUGGAGAGCUCCAGCGGCAUGGCCGCGCCUCAGGCCACAGCUGCCAUGAUGCUGGCCCCGCCGCCCUAUCACAUUCCUGGCUCCCCGCGGCUGCACAUGGACAGGGAGCGGGCAGUGGCAGCUCCAGUCGGGAUUGGGGUGGUGGGCCGAGCCAAGUCGCGUCGUCGCAUGGUGCGUGCCCUGCCCAACAAGUGUCCGCUCUUUGCCAUCUACGAGGACACGCCCAUUGGGGCGAAACUGCUGCAGCUGAGUGCCAGCGAUGAGGACUUUGGCCGCAAUGCGCAGCUCCACUACGAGCUGCUGGGGGAGCAGGUGGAGCGCUCGCCGGGCAUGCCGCUGCUCAGGGUGCAGGGUGUGCGGCACUUCACGAUGGACAAGCUGAGCGGGGAGCUGUCGGUGAACUUUCCGCUGGCGGCCAACAUUGAAAUCUGGCUGAAUCUGAGCGUGACCGACAUCGAUGGCCUCAAGGACACCACCUGCCUGCGCUUCACCGUCAUGGACGUGAACAACCACGCGCCGACAUUCAGGAAGUCCUGGUACAGCUUCGACACCCCCGAGGGCGACUACAAGGACAGUGUGCUGGGCCAGCUGAUGGCCAUUGACAUGGACUACGGCGAGAAUGCCAACAUCACGUACAGCCUGAGCGACCUCACGCUGCCCUUUGCCAUCAAGCCCGCCUCGGGGGUGCUGAAGAUCAACGGGCAGCUGGACCGGGAGCUGCGCGACAAGUACAGCUUCCAGGUGGUGGCCACCGACAAUGCGGCGACGGUGCUGCAGCGCCUGUCCAGCAGCGUGGAUGUGGAGGUGAAUGUGCUGGACAUCAACGACAAUCGGCCCGAGUUCAUUGGCUACGAUGACCAGACCAAGGCCGUGAAGUACUGGCCAAAUGUGGCGGAUCGCACGCUCAUGCUGCCCGUCUACAAGGCGUAUCUGGAUCGCAGCACACAGCCGGGCACCUUUGUGCGGCAACUGACGGCCAUCGACAAGGACAAUGUGGGCAAUGGCAACGGGCUGGUGCUGUACUCCAUGCGGCACCAGGAGGGUGUGCAGCCGCUCUUCCAAAUCGACUCGCGGGAUGGCACCAUCAGCACGGUGUCCCGCAUCAACGGCUACAACGAUUACGAGCACCUGAAUGUCUCUGUGAUUGCCUCGGAUGUGGGCAGCCCCUCGCUCUCGGCCACCGCUGUGGUGAUUGUCAAUCUGCAGGGUCAGGCGGUGACCGAUCCACCGAAGCCAACGCCCAAGCCCGAGCCACCCGCCAAUGUGAGCAUCUUCCAGCACGCCUACUACGAGGUGAAGCUGGCCGAGAACAAUGAGGCGCCGCUGGAGGUGAUGCGUCUGAAUCUCAGUGCGGGACUCAAUUCGGAGCACUACCGCUGGUCGCUGUGGCUGGAGGAGGGCCUGGACGAGACUGAUGCACAUCCCCCCUUCGAGUAUGAUGCCAAGAAUAUGCUGCUCUACGCACUGAAGUCCUUCGAUCGGGAGCACAUUUCCCGCUAUCAGCUGAGGAUACGCGCGGAUCGCCUCAGCAGGGAGGCGCGCAACUUUGCCCGCGUCUCCUACCCCGUGGUGGAUGAGCGCAUCGAAGGACUGUCGCUCAACGAGUGCCGCAUCCUGGUGCACAUCACCGAUGAGAAUGACAAUGCGCCGCGUUUCCGUGCCAACGGGCAGCCCAUUGUGGCAGUGUUGCCGCAGAGCGCGAGCUUUGGCUAUCCAGUGACCCGCGUGCAAGCCAGCGACGCAGAUGAGGGUCUCAAUUCGGAGAUACGCUACCGUCUGCUGAACGAGCCGACGCGUCUCUUUGGCAUCGAUGAGACGACCGGCAAUAUACGGCUGCUGGGCGAUCUGCCACGCGAUGAGCAUCUGUAUGGCUUCGAUGUGAAGGCCACCGAUCGCCUGGGCGCCGACGAUGGGCGCAGCGGCAUUGUCAAUGUUUUUGUCUACAUCAUCGAUGAGUCGAAGCAGGUGCGUCUGGUGGUCGCAGGCAAACCCGUGGAGGUGGAGCGUCGCAUUGAGGGUCUCAUGGAGGCGCUAAGCUCAGCAAUUGGCAGGGAUGUGCGUGUGAGAUUGCUGGAGCCACACGCGAAUGCACUGGAGCCAGCCACCAAUGCCUACAUUUACGCCGUUGAUCCCCACACAAAUGCCAUUGUCGAAAUGGAACAGCUGCAGGACUCCUUGGCGGGCCUACAGCUGGAUGCACUGCAGCUGCAGCAGCAGAAAGUCGAUGGCAGCAAGUCAAUGCCGCGCAUUAUCGAAUUGGCCGAGUUUGGGCAGGCGGCACGACCCACCCACGCCACCGCAGCCAGUUUCAUGGGUGGACUGGAAUUUGUGACCGUCUUGCUGCUGGUUUUGAUCACACUGGGGGCACUGUUCUCCGCCUGCUGCUAUCUGUGCAUGCGCCAGAAACGCCGCCUCUGGUCACAGCGCGACUUUGCUGCCUCGGAUGCCGGCCUCACAUACACCAUAGCCGGCAUUGGCUCCUCUGCCCGUGGCCAGAAGCAGCGACGCCAACGUCCGCAGCGACACACGCAGCGCUGCAGCAAGGGCAGCAGCGGGCAGCGGCCAACGAGCGCCUUCAUGCCCGAGUCGGUGUGCUCCUCGGCGCAGACACAGUCGACGGCGACGGCAACGGAGAAACUGGAGCAGCAGUUGCAUCAUCAUCACCAGCAACAGGCUCUGGCCACGCAGCAGCAGCAUCAUCAGUACCUGAACGAGCAGCAGCGACAGCGAGAAUAUAUUGAUGUGCCGCUGCCCAAGUCCAUUGCCAAGGCAGCGGCAGCAGCAGCAGCCGCAGCAGCCACCGAUGCCAACAUUGGCACAGGCAGCACUCCAUUUGUGCUCAAAUAUAAUGCCUGUCAGCCAGUGAACAAUUUAAACAACUAUGAAACGUCGCUGUUCUCGCUGCACUCGACGGGCCAGGACUCGGGUGUGGAGUUCCUGAGCAGCCGCGAGCUGUACGAAACCUCGCCGGACUCGUUUCAGCACAGCGGCGGCUCGAAGCGCCUCAAUAAUCCCGAAGUACUUUGUCCCAGACAUGCCAAGGCCCACCUAGAGCUACGACAGCAGCAACAGUUGCCCAACACGGACAGCAGCGACACCUACGAGGAUUCCCUGAAGACCGAUGAACCGCUGGUGGCGCACAAUUGUCGCACCGGGAGCUGUGAGCAUCGCCAGCAUCACCAUUCGCAGCAGCAGCAGCACAAUCCCCACUAUCAGAACACACGCUUCGAGAAGCGCUCCUGUGUGCGACACUCGUUCUCCGGCGUCAAGGAUGACCUGAUGCAGAGCUCGCCACAGAUCUCGCUGCGCCCGCGUGGCCAUGCGCUGCGCAACUCCAUGAACGAUCUGGAGCAGCGGCUGCACAACCUGGAGCAGUCCUUUCAGCGACCGCUCGAGUUCAGCAAAUCGAAUUCGCUCUUCUAGUUGAUACGUAAACCAAGUGCAAUCUUUAGUCUAGUUAAGUUUAGCUUAGAUGUUUAUUCCUAAGAACCAAGUGCAAUAAACCGAACCCAA